AUGCUUACGUUAGGAGGAGCUAAUAAGCUGUUACUAAUUAAAUCACCGGCAUAUUCCUUCUCCGGCACAAGAAUCGUUAUUAGUACCAAAUGCGCGGUCGUCAACGUUAAUUCCCGGGCCAAUAAUCGAAACUUGAUCGAGAAAAUCAGAGAGAGGAUAACAUAUGAUGAUAAGGUGGAGAUCAUGUCUCCGUCGGCAUACGACACCGCAUGGGUGGCGAUGGUGCCGGCGACGGAAUAUUCCGGUGGCGGCGAAAGUGAUCGGCGGCCGUGUUUCCCGCAGUGCUUGGAUUGGAUAAUGGAAAAUCAGAAUCCAGACGGGUCGUGGGGUUUGGGUACGGAUCACCCGUUUCUCGUUAAAGAUCGUCUCUCUUGCACCUUGGCGUGUCUGCUCGCUCUUCGGAAAUGGGGUGUUGGCCAACAACUAGUACAAAAUGGCAUGGAUUUCAUCGCAUCCAACGGUUGGGCGGCAGCUAACAAUAACGAUCAGUUUUCGCCCGUUGGAUUCGAUAUUAUAUUCCCUUGGAUGUUUGAAAUCGAGUUAAUUAAUUUAUUGAUCGAUUGUUUCGUUAGACGAAAGCAAAACGUCCAAGUAUAUGCGUUGGAAGGACUCGGUAAAUCAUGCAAUUGGAAGGGGGUAAUAUCGGAACAUCAACGAAGUAAUGGCUCGUUGUUCAACUCACCAGCUACUACUGCAGCUGCUUUGAUUCACAGUCGUGAUGAAAAAUGCUUCGAAUACUUGAUCUCGGUUCUCAAAGCUUCCAAUGGACGGGGUACGCGAUUGUUUUUUAAUUUGUUAGUGCCUACUAUUUAUCCGAUGGAUAUAUACACGCGUCUUUGCAUGGUCGACAACCUCGAAAGAUUGGGAGUAAGCAAAUAUUUUGAAUUUGAGCUACGCAACAUUCUCGAUGAAAUACACAUGCGUUGGUUGGAGAAAGACGACGAGAUUUUUUCUGAUAUUACUUGUCAUGCAAUGGCCUUUCGACUUCUACGAUCCCAUGGAUACGAUGUCUUAUCAGGUAUAUAUAUAUAUAUACACAUUUAUGAAUUGACGGAAUAUGUUGACGAAGAACAUUUCGUUAAUACGGUUAGCAUGCAAUACGACGGUGUGACAACCGUGCUCGAGCUUUACAGAGCUUCGCAGGCGAGAAUAUGCGACGAAUCAAUACUCGACAAAAUUCAUGAUUGGACUAGUGCAUUUCUGAAGCAGCAGUUGCUAAACCAGAGCAUCCUCGACAAGCGAUUACGAAAGCAGGUGGAGUAUGACUCGUACAACUUUCAUGGCACGCUCGAUCAAUUCGGAGUCAGACGAAGCAUUGAGCUAUGCGAUGCUCGAGAUUUUCGAAUUCUCAAAACAGCAUACAGGUGCCCCACAGUCCAUAACGAAGAUUUUGUUCGACUUUCGGUCGAAGAUUACGGAAUUUCCCAAGCUCAAUACCAAAAAGAACUCCAACAAAUGGAGAGUUUGAUUGCUGCAGUUAUCGCCGAUCCCGAAUUAUACAUGGCUCGAAUAUCUUACGUUAAAGCCAUUGUCUUAAUUACUCUGUUUGACGACUUUUUCGAUUGUUACGGAUCCAGAGAAGAAGCGCUCUGUGUUAUCGAACUAGUACGCAAAUGGAAUGUGCAUGCGGAAACAAGUUAUUGCUCUCGAGAAGUCGAAAUUCUAUUUACUGCGUUGUACAACACAGUCAACGAAGUUGCGGAAAAUGCUUAUGUGGCGCAAGGCUAUUGGAUUAAAGAGGAUCUAGUUAGCAGGUGGCUCGAUUUACUAGAGAAUUUUGCGAGAGAAAACGAGUCGUGGAGUACCGAGACUAAUGUAGCGAUGUCCCUAGACGAUUAUUUGUCGUUUGCAUGGAAAAGUAUCGGAGGGAAAAUUUGCGUUUUCACACCGACCCCGUUUCUCGGGAUUAAAAUACCACAGGAAAUGUUUAAAUCCGCAGAGUUCGAUAGUUUGUCCGAAUAUACCGGUUUGGUUUGCAGACUUCUCAACGAUCUCAAGACUUUCAAGAAGGAAAGAGACGAAGGGACGCUAAACGGUGUGACUUUGCAAAUAGUUGGAGGCGUUUCGGAAGAGGAGGCGAUUUUGAAAGUCGAAGAAAUUAUUGAAUAUAAUCGGAGAAAAGUGUUGCAAAUGGUUUAUCGAAGAGAAGGAAGUAUUGUUCCGAGAGAAUGUAAAGAAUUAUUUUUGAAGACGAGCAAGAUGGCUUAUUGCGUAUAUCCGUACAAUGGUGGAGACGAAUAUUCGUCUCCGAAUCUCAUCAUGAAGGAUAUAAAGAAAUUGCCAAUGGGUUAUACACUCAAAGUUUUUCCUUCCUCAAGCCUAAAAAAAAUUGGUGCAAAUUCGUUCUCCGGUGGACCGAUCGUCACCACCAAAUGCUGCCUGAAUGUUGAUUCCCCAGCCAAUCAUGGAAGCUUGAUCGAGAAAAUCAGGGAGAGGAUAACCGAUGGCAAGGUCGAGAUAUCGCCGUCGGCGUACGACACGGCAUGGGUGGCGAUGGUGCCGGCGAGGGAAUAUUCCGGCGGCGGUAGUGAUCAGCCCUGUUUCCCGCAGUGCUUGGAUUGGAUAAUGGAAAAUCAGAAUCCGGACGGGUCGUGGGGUUUGGAUCCGGGUCACCCGUUUCUGGUUAGAGACUCUCUCUCUUCCACCUUGGCGUGCGUGCUUGCCCUAAGGAAAUGGGAUGUUGGCCAACAGCUAGUACAAAAUGGCAUGGAUUUCAUUGCAUCCAAUGGUUGGGCUGCUAAUAGUAAAGAUCAGUUUUCACCCAUUGGAUUCAAUAUUAUAUUUCCUGCAAUGAUGAACUAUGCUGAGGAGCUAAAUUUAAAUCUGCCCUUAAAUCCCACUCUAGUCGAUUCAUUAAUUCACAUUCGAGAUUCAGAAAAUAGAAAACGAAAUCAAGAAUAUGCGUUGGAAGGACUCGGUAAAUCGGGCAAUUGGAAGGGGGUAAUAUCGGAACAUCAAAAAAAUAAUGGUUCUUUGUUCAACUCACCAGCUACUACUGCAGCUGCUUUGAUUCACUGCCGUGAUGAAAAGUGUUUCGAGUACUUGAUCUCGGUUCUUAAUGCUAAUUGCAAUGGAUGGGUGCCUACUAUUUACCCUGUGGAUAUAUACACCCGUCUUUGUGUGGUUGAUACCGUCGAAAAAUUGGGUGUAAAUCGGUAUUUUGAAUUUGAGCUACGCAACAUUCUUGAUGAAAUAUACGAGCGUUGGUUGAAGAAGGAAGACGAGAUUUUUUCCGACAUAACUUGUCAUGCAAUGGCAUUUCGACUUCUACGAGUCAAAGGAUACGAUGUCUCGUCAGAUGAAUUUGCGGAAUUUGUUGACCAAGAGCAUUUCUUCGAUACGGUUAGCAUACAAUACAGUGGUGCAAGUACAGUGCUCGAGCUUUACAGAGCUUCACAGGCAAGAAUAUUCGGCGAAGACAUUCUCGAGAAAAUUCAUGCUUGGACUAGUCAAUUUCUGAAGCAGCAGUUGCUAAACCAAACCAUUCUUAACAAACGAUUACAGAAGCAGGUGGAUUAUGACUUGAAGAACUUUUACGGCACACUAGAUCAAUUUGGAAUUAGACGAAGCAUUGAGCUAUACGGUGCUCAAGAUUUUCAAAUUCUGAAAACAGCAUACAGGUGCCCCACAGUUCAUAAUGACGACUUUAUUCUAUUUUCGGUACAGAAUUUCAGAAUCUCCCAAUCUCGACACCAAGAAGAACUUCAACAAAUGGAGAGGUGGUAUGUUGAAUGCAGGUUGGAUCGCUUAAACCAAGGAAGGAAAAUAUUGCGAAUUUCUUACAUUUUGACUGCAGCGGUUAUUGUUGGUCCAGAACUAUCUUUGGCUCGAAUAUCUUAUGCUCAAGUUGUUGUUCUGAUAUCGUGCUUCGAUGACUUUUUCGAUCUUUAUGGAUCUAGAGAAGAAGCGUUCUCUAUUAUCGAAUUAGUAAGCAAUUGGAAUGUGCAUCCAGAAACGAGUUAUUGCUCCCAAGAAGUCGACAUUCUGUUUACGGCACUGUACAACACAGUGAAUGAAGUUGCAGAAAAGGCUUAUGACAAGCAAGGCUAUUAUGUUGAACAUGAUCUAGUCAGCAUGUGGCUCGAGCUACUAGCAAGUUUUACGAGAGAAAAGGAUUCGUGGAGUGAGAAUAUUGAUUAUGUAUCAACCCUAGACGAGUACUUGUCUUUUGCAUGGAAAAGCGUCGGCUGCAAACUGUGUGUUUUCACUUCGGUCCAUUUUCUAGGUAUAAAAAUAACUGAGGACAUUUUUACGUCUACAGAGUUCACUAGUUUGUGCCAGCAUUCUUCUCUCGUUUGCCGACUUCUCAACGAUCUCAAGACUUUUAAGAAGGAACACGAAGAAGGGGCGCUAAACAGUGUGAAUGUGCAAACAGUUGACGGAGGCAUUUCAGAAGAGGAUGCGAUUUUGAAAGUCGAAGAAAUUAUCGAGUACAAUCGGAGAAAAGUGCUGCAAAUGGUUUAUAAAAGAAAAGGAAGUGUAGUUCCUAGAGAAUGUAAAGAAUUAUUUUGGAAGACAUGCAAGAUUGCUCAUUGCUUAUACUCCCACGAAGGUGGAGACGAAUUCUCGUCCCCUAUCGACAUCGCUAACGAUAUUAAUGGAUUGAUUUCCGAGCCCCUUACUGAUUUAAAAAAAAAAAUGACGUCACUCUGGUUGAAACCCGCAGUUUUCGCUUUCUCACAUCACCAUGGUUUUCGACUGACUUUUGCUUCACAUAAAUUCCCCACUCGUCUCAGAUGCAGCAGCAGCAGCGGCCUCAAUCAUAACAACUCAACGAGCUUACAAGAAUCAAUCGGAAGAAUAAGAGAGAGGAUUGCCGAUAAUGGAAACGUCGAGAUAUCUCCGUCCGCGUACGACACUGCGUGGGUGGCGAUGGUGCCGGAGAGGGAAUAUUCCGGCGGCGGCGAGAAGCCGUGUUUUCCCGAGUGUUUGGAUUGGAUUAUCCGAAACCAGAACCCGGAUGGGUCGUGGGGUCUGGAUCCGGGUCACCCGUAUUUGGUUAAAGACUCUCUUUCUUGCACACUCGCUUGCUUGCUUGCCUUGAAGAAAUGGAACUUUGGCCAUGAACAACUCCUCAAAGGAUUGGAAUUCAUAAGAGCAAAUAGUUGGGCUGCUACCGACAAAGAUCAAUUUUCUCCGGUUGGUUUCGAUGUUAUUUUUCCGACGAUGAUCAACUACGCUAAUCAACUGGAUUUGAUUCUGCCUUUUGACCGUGAUUUACUUGAUUCCAUGAUUCUAAACCGAGACUCGCAAAUUAAGAGUGAAGGAAACCCGAAUUCGUUGGGAUAUAUUGCCGAAGGAAUCGGAGAGUCGUUCGAUUGGAACGAUGUCGUAUUGACGAAACAAAGAAGUAAUGGUUCACUUUUCAAUUCUCCAGCCACUACUGCAGCUGCUCUUAUUUACAGUCAAGGCAACAAUAAGUGCUUCCAGUAUUUGGAAUCACUUCUCAAAAGUUUCAAUAAUUGUGUGCCAACAAUUCAUCCGUUGAAUGUAUAUACUCGUCUCUGCUUGGUCGAUACCAUCCAAGCGUUGGGAAUAGAGCGACACUUUGAAUCCGAAAUCGAUAGUAUUCUGGAAGAAACUUACAGAUUAUGGCAGCAGAAAGAAGAAGAGAUUUUCGCCGACGUAACUUGCUGCGCGGUGGCAUUUCGACUGUUGCGAAUCAAAGGAUUUGAAGCUUCUUCAGAUGAAUUGGCUCCGUACGCCGAGCAAGAUCACGUUAGCUUGAAAACAAAUGGCGUCCGUACGGUUUUUGAGCUCUACAGAGCAUCGCAGAUACGAAUGUAUGAAGACGAAACAACUCUCGAGGCUGUAAGUAAUUGGACCACCAAAUAUCUGAAGCAGCAGUUGCUCGGUAAAACCAUUCCCGACAAGAAAUUGCAUAAACAGGUGGAAUACGAGUUGAAGAACUCCCAUGGCGUACUUGAUCGGAUUAGAAAUAAACGAAGCCUUGAUCUAUAUGAUGUGGAUGGUUACCAAAUUAUGAAAACUGCGUAUAGGUGCCCCGCGGUAUAUAACGAAGAUUAUCUCGUACUUUCGAGCCAAGAUUUCAAUAGUUGCCAAGCUCUAAACCAGAAAGAGCUUCAACAAUUGGAGAGGUGGUACACGGAUUGUAGGUUGGACCAGUUGAACUCGAGACGAGACGUACUACAUAUUUCCCAUUUUCUAACUGCAGCAGCUUUCGGCGACCCUCAACUCUCCGAUGCGCGUUUAUCCUCUACCAAAACUCUCGUGCUCGUAACAUGUGUCGAUGACUUAUUCGAUGUGCAUGGUUCUAGAGAAGAAUCGCAGAAGUUCCUACAAUUAAUACAAGAGUGGAAAGAGAAGCCGGCUGCCGAAUACGGUUCGAAGCAAGUUGAGAUUCUCUUUACAGCAGUGUACAACACGGUAAACGAUUUAGCAGAAAAGGCGUCUUUGCAGCAAGGCCGUUGCGUUAAGCAAUUUUUCAUCGGCAUGUGGGUUGAAAUCGUAACAAUUUUCAUGAAAGAAUUGAAUAUGUGGCAUGAAGGAGCUGCGGUAACGUUGGAUGAGUACUUGUCGUUUAGUUGGGUGACGAUCGGUAGCAGAAUUUGCGUACUCACAGCGAUCCAUUUCAUCGGUAUAAAAUUAUCGGAUGAAAUGGUUCUCAGUUCGGAGUGUACUGACUUGUGCAUCCAUGUUUCUACCAUUGACCGGCUUUUCAACGAUGUCGGAACUUUUCAGAGGGAGAAAGACGAAGACGGGAAGUUAAACGCAAUAAGCCUUCUGAAAGAAGCCGGUGGUAAUAAAGACGACGGGGCCGCAAUUAUUGCAAAGAUAACCGAAAUUGUUGAAUACCAUAGGAGAAAAGUGUUGCGGCUCGUGUACGAAAGAGGAACCGUUCUUCCUAGGAAAUGCAAAGACGUGUUCUUGAACACGAGCAAGAUUACACAGUACGUCUACUCUUGCGGCGACGAAUUCACGUCCCCGCAAGAAGAAAUAAUGAACGAUUUGAAGUCGUUGAUUUAUCUACCUCUAAAAAAUCGAUGAUGAUGCAAAUGUGUUAUUCAAGCUCUUCUAGCAUGGCAAAUUUUUGUAUGUGAUAUAAAGAGAAUUAAUCUUUAUGUAGUUUUUUGUAACUAAAUAAUAAUUAAAUAAAUAAAAAAUUCAUUGGUUUGUUUGAUA